CUGUUAAAAGUGGGCGGAAGUGUCGGCCCUUUAUUUCAAAAAACGGAGUGAUGUCAAAUAACAGAAGCAGACUCGCUGACACAGUCAGCUGUCUUCCAACCAGCUUAUUCAACGCCCAUAACCCGGCCGAGGAGGAUAACUCGAUGCCCGAGACGUAGCCUAACCAUUCUGCAGAGGUCGUUCGGAGGCUUGAAAUGACAACAUCUGCGCAUCGCAGUUCUCCAGCCCAUUGCACCUGCAUAAAGUUAAUAUCAGAGGACUCAUGAAAGGGACGUUUGGUUCUGAGAUUCGAGCAUUUUUUAAUGUGACUACUACAGAUCUGUUUGAAUGUGAGAUCAUAUCUGGAUCGAGACCACAGGAGAGCUGCAUGCCACUCAUGGGGAGGAACUUCGCGCAUCGAUCAUAAAAAAGAGGAUGUUUCUUUUCUUUUCCCUUUUUUCCCCCACAUAUAAUUCUUGAACGUGUAUGUAUUUGAUAAGAGAUGGCAUGGCAUCCCUGUUUUCUCCGCUGGUUCCGAUGGUUUCGAUAGGACGAUAUUAAUGUGGGUGGACCUUGGCGCAUCUCCAACGGAUAUUUUUUUUUUUAGGGGGCCGCAGGAUCGGACUAUUUACUACAGCUUCGUAGUACUUUUUACAUAUAAACCAGCGGACUUUUUUACUCAAACACCAGAAAUAUUCCACCUCAUUUGUCAGGAUAUAAUGGCCGAGGACGCAGCUAUAGAUAGGCUGAGCACUGCAGCUGCGAUUGGAGAUCUUAAAGAAAUUGAGCAGACACUGCAAAGCAACGUGAACGUUAAUGAGAAGAACAAGUACGGCAGGACACCAUUGCAGGUGAUGAAACUUGGCUGCCCGUGCAUAGCGGAGGCGCUGCUUCGAGCAGGCGCCGACCCAAAUGCGCGCGAUCCCAUCCUACGAUUGACCGUCAGUCACGACGCCGCGCGAGACGGGUAUCUGGACACUCUACGGGUGCUCGCGCAGAAUGGUGCUGAUGUCAAUCUCCCUGACAACGACGGCAACCUGCCUCUGCAUCUGGCGGCGCGGGAGGGGCACUUGGAUGUCGUGCAGUAUCUCGUGUCUGACUGCAGCACGCCGCCUUUUCUGCCUAACGCGAAAGGUUACACGCCUCGUGACCUGGCUUUCAUGCACGAAAAACACAGAACUGUGGAGUGGUUAGAGAACAUUGUGCCUUCACAAGCCAGCUAGAGAUGAUGACUAUGGGCCUGUGUGUUUUGUUCUGUAACAGAGGUAGCAAACAAAUGCUGAAUGAGCGUUUUAUUGCAUUGCAGUCCAUUCAGUCAACUACCUCUUAUUGCAUUGUAAAAUAUUGGGCUCAGGGGCUUUUUUGUUGUUGUUGUUGUUGUUGUUGUGAAGAACAAUUAACAUUUCAGUUGACCUUGCAUCUAUUUUACAUUUCCCCUAAUUUCAAACUGGCUUAAUUGAUUUUUAAUUUUUAUGAGAUAUUUUUCAGGUCAUCUAAGUCUCCAUUCUUUUAUUUGUAUAGAUCAUUUCUUUCACUAACUCUCAUGCAGGUUACACAUUUCCUACAUGUUUUGAUUUAUAACAAGAAAAAAAGAUAACCUAAAAUAACUGUUGUGCUCGAAGAAACCUAUCUCUUUUUUAUUGAAGUAAUUGCACUAUAAUGGUCAAAAUUCAACUUUAACCCCUGACUGCUCUGUUUUUGUUGUGUUUUAUGACAUUGAACUUGCACAUUUGCUUGUCAUUUAUGGCUUUUAACUUUUGAAUUACUGUGAAAGAUUGUAUUGUGUCGCAUUGAAAAUAUUAAAACCUUGCAAAAUAACCAAAGACAGCUGUUA